GCAGCGCGGCCACCGAGGGGUUAGGGUGGAGGGAGGCGGGCGCGGCCUGCAGCGGGGGCGGGCGGGCGGGCGGGCGGGCGAGCGGGGGGCGGGGGCUGGCAAGUGCCGGCCCGAAACAGGGCGGCGCGCAGACAGGAGGGAGCGGCCCAGUUUUGCCCCGGGUCCCUUCGCGAGAACCGCUUGCUCUGCCCGCCGCACCGACCGACCGACCGACGCCCGCCCACCGGCAAGAUGCCGAAGACGAUCAGUGUUCGAGUGACAACCAUGGAUGCGGAGCUGGAGUUUGCCAUCCAGCCCAAUACGACAGGGAAGCAACUCUUUGACCAGGUUGUUAAAACCAUCGGCCUCAGAGAAGUUUGGUUCUUUGGACUUCAGUACCAGGACACAAAGGGCUUUUCAACAUGGCUGAAGCUAAACAAAAAGGUGACGGCUCAGGGAGUCCGGAAGGAGAAUCCUUUGCUCUUCAAAUUCCGGGCCAAAUUCUACCCUGAGGACGUGGCAGAGGAGCUGAUUCAAGACAUCACGCAGCGCCUCUUCUUCCUCCAAGUGAAGGAAGCCAUCCUGAACGAUGACAUCUACUGCCCCCCCGAGACCGCCGUCCUCUUGGCUUCCUAUGCCGUCCAGUCGAAAUAUGGUGACUUCAACAAAGAGGCACAUAAUCCUGGCUACCUAACGGGUGACAAACUGUUACCUCAGAGAGUUUUGGAACAACACAAACUCAGUAAAGAUCAGUGGGAAGAGAGGAUCCAGGUGUGGCAUGAAGAACAUCGGGGAAUGCUCAGGGAAGAUGCUAUCUUGGAGUAUCUGAAAAUUGCACAAGAUCUGGAGAUGUACGGUGUAAAUUACUUCAGUAUUAAGAACAAAAAGGGCUCUGAACUCUGGCUGGGAGUUGACGCCCUUGGACUCAACAUUUACGAGCAGAACGACAGGUUAACACCAAAAAUUGGAUUCCCUUGGAGUGAAAUCAGAAAUAUAUCCUUCAAUGAUAAGAAGUUUGUUAUCAAGCCAAUUGACAAGAAAGCACCAGACUUUGUCUUCUAUGCCCCACGGCUGAGGAUUAACAAGCGCAUCCUGGCUCUCUGCAUGGGGAACCAUGAGCUCUACAUGCGCCGGCGCAAGCCAGACACCAUCGAGGUGCAGCAAAUGAAGGCCCAGGCCCGGGAGGAGAAGCAUCAGAAGCAGAUGGAGAGAGCCUUGCUGGAGAAUGAGAAGAAGAAGAGAGAGCUGGCGGAGAAGGAGAAGGAGAAGAUUGAGCGCGAAAAGGAAGAGCUGAUGGAGCGGCUCCGGCAGAUAGAAGAGCAAACGAAGAAAGCUCAGCUAGAACUGGAAGAGCAGACCCGCAGAGCCCUCGAGUUGGAGCAGGAGAGGAAACGAGCUCAGGAGGAAGCAGAGAAGCUGGCCAGAGAGCGGAAGGAAGCCGAGGAGGCGAAGGAAGCCCUGCUGAAGGCAUCUCAUGACCAGAAGAAGACCCAGGAGCAGCUGGCUGCUGAGAUGUCAGAACUCACAAACCGGAUCUCGCACCUGGAAGUCGCCCGGCAGAGGAAAGAGAACGAGGCUGUGGAGUGGCAGCAGAAAGCCCAAAUGGUUCAAGAGGACCUAGAAAGGACCAAAGAGGAGCUGAAGUCCGCCACAAGCACUCCUCAUGUUCCCGAGCCCAUGCAUUCUGAGAACGAGCAUGACGAUGAGCAGGAUGAGAAUGCUGCCGAGGCCAGCGCUGAGCUGAGGGCUCACGCCUCUGUCAAGGACCGCAGUGAGGAACAACGGACCACGGAGGCAGAGAAGAAUGUACGGGUUCAGAAACAUUUGAAGGCUCUCACGUCUGAAUUGGCCAAUGCCCGAGAUGAGACAAAGAAGACGGCCAACGACAUGAUCCAUGCCGAGAACAUGAGGUUGGGGCGCGACAAGUACAAGACACUGCGCCAGAUCCGGCAGGGCAACACCAAGCAGCGCAUUGAUGAAUUUGAGUCCAUGUAACCAUUCCUGCUCCCAUGGUCCCCAUUCUCUUCCCCCCCUUCCCUUGCUACUCAUGUGUAACUGAUAUGCUGGAACUAGUACAGAGGAAUAAUCCAUCAGUCAGAGAGUUCUGUGCAGUUGCUGCCAUUCAGCAUAGGACCAAAUAGUCACUUGUGCCUUCCUUCUUUGCCAGAUUCUGGUGGGGGAGAGAUUUUCCACUUCCUGUGGGCUAACCUUUCCUGUGCAGCUUUCUGGGGCCUCCUAUCAGCCGUGCUGCAGCUGCAGGCCUCGUUUGGGGCACCAGCAACUAACAGAGCCCCCAGGCCAGUCUCCCCUGGAUGGCUGCAACACCGUUGAUGCAGGGCAGGUUCUCUGCUUUUCAGAGAAGACUAAUGAUGACAGUGAGCAGCUGUCACAUUUAACAGAAACUGGCUUCAACGUCGAGAAUAGCAUGUGUGCCUUUCCCCCCAGGACCAAAGUUGUUCGUGACUUCCCAGGAUUCCGUAGGCCAGUUCGAACCUGCAUAUCUUUUUGGCGACUUCAUGUACGCCUCUAAGAGGCUGGUUUCCUUCAGCUGCCUAUUCUGGGUUGAUCUAGUCAUGCCUUUACUGCAAAGCUACAUUUUUGUGACUAUGAGUAGGAAAGCUUUGUACAGCUGCAGAGAUUUGUGUCCGUUCAUCUUGCCAAUAUAGAGUAUUUUUCAUAGGGGGUCGAUAGCCUCCGUUCCUGGGAAAGAAGAGGCAUAAUUUCACAAGUAGACCUUUCAGGGAGAGAUUCCAGCACACGCCAGACCUGCUAAGUUGCCUUACAGAGGAUUCACGCCCUCUUAGGGGAGCAUGAGGUCUUGUUCAUUUCCAUGGCCAAGACUACUCUUCGCUUCUCUCGGCUGCUGGCCUUUUGUUUUAGAUUUAAAACUGGUUUUGUUUUCUGCAGCUUUGCCAGCUUCUUGCCUUGGGAUCCCUUUUGCUCCUGUUUGAAUAGGAAUCCAUGACUGUGCUUUUAAAGGAUCUAAAGAAGAAAGAUCAAUUGGCUGGAGUAGCUAGAGGACCAGCAUUUCAGGUGCAAUCCUGUUUUUACAACAGAGCCUGCCAUUCAUUCAUUCCGGCUGAUGCUGGGACUCUGGACUCCCUCUGUUCAAUGGAGGAAGAGUCUGGUUUCAUCAGGGCUCUGUUGGGAAUGGCUGUGGACCUCCUUGGAAGAAAAUGGGGAAGGGCAGACUCUAGCCUAGGAAGCCAGCCUCUCUUUCACUAAAACUCAUUCCAGGGCAGGAUCCUCUGCUCUUCUCAUCCCUUGUUGCCUUUGAUUUAGCCUCAGUAACCUCCUCACUACACAGAACUGAAAGCUGCCUGUAGUGGCAGGAAGACAGAAGCUACCCUCAGUGAUGCGUGGCCAAAAAGCUGCGUUAGGCAUCCAAAACACCUCGUAAAUAAGCAAUGCAGUGUCCUUUCCAAAGAUGCAAAGCAGCCAGCCAAUUUGUUCCUUCUAUAUAGAUGUAAUGUGCCUUUUGGAAAUGAAGGUGUGGGGGAUGCAGUGGGUCAGCCCCUCCAUCUCUCCUGAAAAUAUGCAGCCCCACUGCUCGGAGACUUUUUGUGAAACGUGUGUGAAACAUGUCAGAACUAAUUUAAGUCCUCUUUACUGAAAAGUUUCUGGCAUUGAGUCGAUGUGGCUUCCCUUUGCCAUUUGGCAGCUGGUCCUGGAGUUCUGCUCCUCUGCCUGCAGUUGUCACUGGCGCACCAGUCCUUAUGGCCACCCUGACCCCCCCUUGCCCAGGGAGCAAAUGCACAGACUCUGGCAGUUGGAGGCACGCCAACCUGGCCUUGCUGCUGGCUCCAGGAACGUCUUCUGCCCGGUGUCCCGUUCCUUCCAAAUGGUCCGGAAUAGGAGCAGUCUGGUCUGUGCAGGGGAGUCUCAACCCUUGCAGAGUCCUUUCAGUUCUUCCUUGAUCUUACCAGUAUUAUGUACUCCAAUGGUAUCUAAUGAGAUGGAUUUAAUUCUUUUCUAGCUAUGCACAAUUAGAAAACAUUAGUCUUUGAAGCGUUUGUGGGGGGGAGGGAGACUGUCCCCUUCUCCCAAGAAAAUGUAUACUGUAUUGUAAAGAGAUAAUAUUUUGCAAGGAAGUUAAUGUAAGAAGCAUUCAGUAUUACAGUGAGAUUUCUAGACACAGGUUUUUUUUAUUAUUUCUUAGAAUACAUGGAGGGUUUGCCUAUUUCCUUCCCCCCCCCCCCCAUUUUGUUUACUGCUAUUUGGAUAUAUACUAUCCUCCUAGAGAGGGCUACUCUAUUAAGCAGUUUGCCUUGCUUUUAUUUUUUGUGUUUUGAAUUUUGCUGUAAAUUAUGUCUCCUUUUCAACCAACCUUUUUAUGUGUUGUGUUAAAACACCAGCCCUCAUGAAGGCUGCAAGGGAGCCUGUGUCUUUGUGGCUAAGCACAAAGCUCCUUGUCGGUCAGAUGUCUGGUCUUGCGAAGGUUUUUGUUCAAGGUGCACAGCCUGUCCUUCAUCCAGUGCCAAUAAAGAUUAAACCAACUGAA